AUGGAACAGCAAACCCUCCGCCGCCGCGGCCUCGGUCUCCGCGGCCUGGACACCAAAAGAGUCACACCAGGCUACGUCCUCUACACGCCCCUAACCUCCAACACCGCGCACCUAGUCUCAACAACAGGCAAAGAAGUGCACAGCUGGACACUCCCACACCGCGCAGGCCGACACGCCCGCCUCCUCCCAAACGGCACACUCGCCUACAAUGGCGCGCACCCCGAAUCACCCGCCCUCUUCCCAAUGUGGGCCAAAUACCGCGGCGGCAUGAUGCUGCAGCUCGACGCUGCCGGCACCAUCCUCCGCCAGUACUCGGAUCCCUACGCGCACCACGACCAGAACCACCUAGCGGACGGCACAAUCCUCUACACGACCGUCGAGCCCCUCACGGCAGCGGAAGCGGCCCGCGUCCGCGGCGGCAUCCCAGGCAGCGAGGCGCCCAGCGGCACGAUCUACGCCGACUGCAUCAAGCACGUGGACCCGUGGACCGUCUCGAACGUGUCCUCGUCCGCCGACUUCGAUGGCACGGGCACCGGCACCGGCGGCGCCAAGCUCCUCUGGUCGUGGCGCGCGAUCGACCAUCUGGACCCCGAGGCUUUCGCCGCGCACGCGCACUACCCGCGCGAACACUGGCCGCUCAUCAACAGCGUCUCGUUCAACGGGCAGGGCGACGUGAUUGCGUCGACGCGCAAUGCGUCGAGUGUUUUUGUGAUUUCGCGCGCGAACGGGCAGGUGGGAUGGAGUGUUGGUGCGCCGAUUGUGUGCCAGCAGCAUUGUGCGCAUGAGAUCAAUGAGGAGGGCGAUAUGCUUGUGCUGGAUAAUGGGGUUUUUAGGCCGGGGUUCUCGGUGCCGUUUUCGCGGGCGCUGGUUGUCAGUCGCGAGAAGGAGGUUAAGUGGGAGUAUAGGGAUUUGUCGACGGGGGGUUUGGGAUUCUUCACGCCGUUUAUGGGCUCUGCGCAGAUGUUGGCCGGGGGCAAUGUGCUGGUUUGCGAGGCGGCUAGUGGAAGGAUUUUUGAGGUUACGAGGGGUGGGGAGGUGGUUUGGGAGUUUGUUGUGCCUCAGUUGAGGGAUUAUAGGGGGGUAAUGGGGGAUGAGGAGCUUGGGGAGAUGGAGCGCAUUGGGUUUUCGAAUCAGAGUAAUGCGGUUUUUAGGGCUUAUAAGUAUCUUCCUGAGGAGAUUCCGUGGUUGAAGGUUGAGGGGAACUGA